GCGUCUGUUGCUGGGAAGGCUGAGGCUCUGCUGCCGCCGCCAGACACAGGAGCGCCCCCUCCGUGCAGCCGGAAGCAGUCAGUGCCUGUUUGAGUGGGACACAGACCUGAAAGCUGUCUAUCCCCGCAGUGCUUGCCCGUAGGCGAUUGCCCCACCUUCUUUGUUUGCAGUGAGUCCCCACAGACAAGGCCAGCCGGCUGGAAACAGCAGCUACUAUAGAGACACGGCAGACUGUGCAGAAACCAGGAGUAGGCACAGGAGAAGAGCCCUUAUUCCCCGCUUCCUCUCCCACCGCCCUCUUCCCUGCCUCCCCAGCUCUCCGCACCGUGCUAUGGCUGGUAGCAGCACCACGCCAGCCUGUGACAGGCGCAGCAGAUGGGAUUCGUCCUCCCCUUAGCCCGGACACAGCACAGGGCUGCCGGCUGCAUGCAUUGCGGGUGUUUCCGGGUGUGAGCGCUGCACAGUGUCACCCGGCUGCCGCCGCCUCUCACACCUGGCUGUCCCCUUUCACUUUAUUGUUGUUUCCUGUUAUUCCGGUAUUUGCUGGUCAGAGUGUGUGUCUGUGUGCCAUUACAUUGUAUGCACUGCUUCUCCUCCCUCCCUGCAGCCCACACCCUGCUCCCAGCCUUCCCUGCCCUGUGGUAGUAGUUUUCCCGGGUGCUUGUCACCCCACCCCGGCGGGAAUACCCCUAAGGACACGCUCAGAGACUCUGCUGGGAAGCUGCGGGCAGGCGGCUAUCACCGCACCAUGGGAUGCUGUGGGAGCACACAGAACACUAAGCGGGACUGGAGGCCAUUGGAAGAACACAGUUGUACUGAUAUCCCAUGGCUGCUGCUGUUUAUCCUCUUCUGUGUUGGAAUGGGAUUUAUAUGUGGUUUCUCAAUAGCCACUGGAGCUGCCUCUCGUCUGAUUUAUGGCUAUGACAGCUUUGGAAAUAUUUGUGGGCAGAAGAAUGCCAAGAUAGAGGGCUUUGAAAACAGUGGCCUCGAUCACACUAACCGCAAGUAUGUUUUUUUCCUGGACCCCUGCAAGCUGGACUUAAUAAACCGAAAGAUAAAGUCUGUAGCUUUGUGUGUAUCUGAGUGUCCGCAGGAAGAAUUGAAGACACUGGCUGAUGUGAAAAAAUUUGCUGAAAUUAAUGGAUCACAACUUUGUGAUUAUGCACUAUCCCCUAGCCAGUACACUACGGAUAACAGAGCAUCAUCUCUGUGCCCAAAGCUUCCAGUGCCAGAAAGUGCACCUAUUCCAUUCUUCCAUCGCUGUGCUCCUGUGAACAUUUCCUGCUAUGCCAAGUUUGCAGAAGCCCUGAUCACUUUUGUCAGUGACAAUAGUGUCCUACACAGGCUGAUUAGUGGAGUAAUGACCAGCAAAGAAAUUAUAAUUGGACUUUGCUUUUUGUCACUAGUGCUUUCAAUGAUUUUGAUGGUUAUUAUCAGGUACAUCUCUAGAGUACUUGUUUGGAUCUUAACUAUCUUAGUCAUAUUGGGAUCACUCGGAGGUACAGGUGUUCUCUGGUGGAUGUACGCUGAUCACAGGAAGUCUUUCAAUGAAGAUCUUCCACCAGAUCAGCUUCAAGUUUCCAAAGACAACCAACAAGCCUUGCUCAUCUAUGCCAUUGCUGCUACUGUCUUUACCGUGAUCCUGUUACUCAUCAUGCUGAUAAUGAGGAAGAGGGUUGCCCUCACUAUUGCCUUGUUUAAUGUGGCUGGGAAGGUUUUCAUCCAUCUCCCGCUGCUAGUCUUCCAGCCCUUCUGGACCUUCUUUGCUCUUCUCCUGUUCUGGGUCUACUGGGUCAUGGUCCUGCUUUUUCUGGGAACUACAGGUGAUCCAUUUAUGAACGAUCAAGGAUUUGUGGAGUUCAAGAUUAAUGGUCCCCUGCAGUACAUGUGGUGGUAUCACCUAGUAGGGCUCAUCUGGAUCAGUGAAUUCAUUUUAGCCUGCCAGCAGAUGACCAUUGCUGGAGCUGUAGUUACCUAUUACUUCACCAGGAACAAGAGAGACCUUCCAUUUACACCCAUCCUGGCUUCUGUAAAUAGACUCAUCUGUUAUCAUCUUGGGACAGUGGCAAAAGGAGCUUUUAUUAUUACUCUUGUGAAAAUUCCACGAAUGAUUCUCAUGUACAUUCAAAGCCAGCUCAAGGGGAAGGAAAAUGCCUGUGCCCGCUGUAUGUUGAAAUCCUGCAUCUGUUGUCUCUGGUGUCUAGAAAAGUGCCUCACAUAUUUAAAUCAGAAUGCAUAUACAGCCACUGCUAUCAACAGCACUAACUUCUGCACUUCUGCAAAAGAUGCCCUUGUUAUUUUAGUGGAGAAUGCUCUAAGAGUUGCUGCCAUCAACACAGUGGGAGAUUUUGUACUAUUCCUCGGAAAGAUUUUGAUUGUGAGCACAACUGGUCUGGCUGGCAUUAUGCUGCUUAACUACCAGAGGGAUUACACAGUGUGGGUGCUGCCACUCAUUAUUGUCUGUCUAUUUGCCUUUCUGGUUGCUCACUGCUUCCUCUCCAUCUAUGAAAUGGUUGUGGAUGUCUUGUUCCUAUGUUUUGCUAUUGACACAAAAUAUAAUGAUGGCAGUCCUGGGAAGGAAUUCUACAUGGACAAAGUUCUAAUGGAAUUUGUGGAGAACAGUAGAAAAGCCAUGAAAGAGACAGGUAGUGGAGCAGAGGGCAGGGAGCUGAAGCCGAUGGCUUCGGGAGCAAGUACAGCUUGAAUCUAGCCCAGCAAUAUCGGACCCCAUUGACAUUCCAAAAUAAACACAAGCAGCCAAAAUAAAAGCAGGGUUACUAAUCUUCCUGUUUCUAUAUACAUAUAUAUAUUUUUGCUCUCUGUAUCCUAUGGGUUGCUGCCAGCGGCAUGGUUGCUAUACCUUUUUGUGAUAGGUGUGCUGCAUUUGAAAAGGUCAAGUUACUUAGCUUAAGGGAAACAAACUUUCCAAGUGAAAGUGGGUAUAUUUCCCACUUAUUUUAAGUCAGGUUUGAUGCUUUAAUACAUAGGAAGCAUUCUUUACACUCCCAUCCGUAUUUCAGUGUGUUUUUUUUGUUACAAGAAAAGAUAUAUACAGGAUGACCUAAGGGUUUCUGGGUUUUUUUGUUUUGUUUUGUUUGAUAGAAAAGUGCUGGUUUUAAAAUAAUGAGUCACUACACUGUCAUUGGGAAUGAAUAGAUGCAUAUAUAUUUUACAUGUUUCUAUCAUGCAACAAAAUAGUUCCCUUCCCAGCCCUAGGCAUUCUAUAAACUCCUGUUUGCACUAAAUGUAAAUACCAUCUUGAUAACUACGGUACAGACUGAAAAAUGAUGGAUGUUUACAAAAGUUAUAGACACUGUAGAUCAAGAUGUCCAGUGUGCUGCAGCAAGUUAUACUGACCUUGUCUAUUUACAAAGAUCAACUCCAAUUGAUCCAACUCGGAAAGUGAUUUGCUUGUUUUUUUCUGUAUUACAUCUUAAAUUUAUUGUUAAAGGGUUUUUUUUCUCCUUUUGUUGUAUUUUUUUUUUCUUUUGUUGUAUUUUAGUACUGCUAUUCACAGCAGAGCUCAGGAUAUUUACUAGUUUUAAUUGUGGUUGUAACCUUACCAGACAACUGGUUUGCUGGUGAGUGUCUAUGCAGAACACAGUUAUGCCAUCACUAGAGGUGUAAAAUAGUUAGCAUGCACUAUGUGUGGCAUAUGAGAAAAAAAAAUUCCAAUAGGGCUGAGAAACUCUUCAUAAUUUGGUGUCUAGAUAGAAGGUUUAGUUUUGGAUGGAUAGUCCAAUUGUUAGGGCUUAUUUAGCAAUACUUCCCGAUUGCAGUCUCUCUUUCCAGUCAAACUUCAGAUGGAGUCUAGAUUGCCAAACACUCCUUAGCAUAGUUUGUCUAUUGGUCAUUGGCAUGUUUCUCUUGAGCGGUCUGCAAAAGCUUUAGAAGAAACAGGCUUUUUAAUAAUACCUAUUUCUCUAUCGUCCUAGUGGAUGCUGGGGUUC